CUUCCCUUUACCUUCAACACCUGAGAACCCGACUAACCUUUGAACUCAUUCAACCUCAUUAGAACGUGGAGACGGUGUCGCAUACUUACAAGAUGAAUCAAUACUUUGCUGGUCAGCCGACCAGAGAGGAUCUCCAGGCUAUUGAUCAGAUGCGACGCCAGCUUGUACCCAUGAUUGGUAUCAUGGACAAGAUGAGAGUCGAUUUAGAGAGGGGGAAUGCAGAUUGGCCAACAACCCAACGAUUUCAAUCCCACAUCAACGCCUACUUGAAAUCCAUCUACCAAUGGCUCAACGGCGGCUACACACACAAACAAGAAGUCACCACCGAAACCGCACGAAACGACGCUGGAGAGCCCAUCUUCGACAGCACCACUAACGAAUAUCUCAAAGAGGAGAAGACCAUCUACAUCGACACGCCUGUUGCUGGCCAUGCGCGGAGACUCCAGGCCCUGCAUCCCUUCCCCAUGGCGCCGUUUCCUACCGGAAACGAGCAGAUGGCGGGCUUGGCGCAGACGUUGCUGAGGAAGAGGUUAGAGCCCGGUGAGGAGAAGUGGGUCGAGGAGAGGUUGGCGAGGGCAGCUGGGUUUGCCCAUGUACCGGAGGAGUGGGAGGUUGAGCCUAGGAAGGCGGAGGUCAAAGAUGAGGACGAGGCAGCAAACGAGAGUAACGACGCAGAAGGGAGGGAGAAGAAACAGUCGACAAAGCGUGUUCCAGGCACCAUGACGGAAGAUGAGUUGAUGCAGCUGUGGGACUUUGCCCAUCGCACGGUUUUCGAUCAGGAAUAUCAGCAGACACUCUUUGCUGAAGGCGAGGGCGAGGACGAGGAAGAGGAAGAUGACGAAGACGGGGAGGACGAGGACGAUGGGGACGCUAUGGAUACGUCUGGGGCGCCGAUCCCGGUUGCUGCUAUUGCCACUGCCACUGCUCCUGCACCGAAGGCUAAGAGAGCAAGGCCCGAAUUGGCUCCUACUGGACCACCUAUGCUGCCGCUGAGCUUUGUGCAUAGGUUCAUGGCCUCUGGGGAAGUUUUGGGAGCAGGCGGCAAGUGAAGGUCUGAUGGGAGAAGGUAGAUGUGGGGUUGGAAGGGUGUGGAUAUGGCGUGCAUUGGAUUGGCGUUGUGGUUUGGAUGUGUUAUCAUAGAGGCAGAUAUCGUCCCAUUCUGGACUCGCUCAAAGAAGGACGAAGCGUUGUUGCUUUUUCUUGUGGGGCAUACCUGGGUAUCGACUAUUUUCCCAAUCUCCAACUCUCAUCCUAGAAGUGCGCCGAGUCUAUCCACUUCAAUUUUCAUUCC